CCCCGCCGCCCCGCGCGGGAGGAGGAUGAAGGAGAUGAAGCAGCGGAGGAAGAAGGAGCGCACGUGGGCCGAGGCCGCUCGCCUGAUGGCUUAAGGCUGAGCGGGAAGAACCGGAGCCUCCGGGGAGAGGCCUGGCCUGAAGUCCAGGCAGUGCCGCUGUCAAAAGUUUCUGGUUUAAUUACCGAGGCCGCAGGUUUUCUCCGUGCGCCACACCUGCCCAAAACGCGGGCAGGGUGAGCGGCGUGCCGGUGCCUGGGGUUAGACCCUCACCACGCUCGGACGUUAUUUUGUCCCUUUUGGUUUUAGGAGACAUGGCCGCGGCUUUGGCUUAGUCUUUUUGUCUUUGAGAAUCUGCUUGUUGAAGGCUUAAACUUCCAGAUGCAGGUCUGCUUUGAUGGUGUUUGUGUAGGUCUGUUGGAACACCGCUGUCGUUUGGCCAUUGCAGUGGGAGAAGGAUAAAUUCCCUCCAUGAAGCAUUUAAAGCCCUGUCUGUCUUGAACCCCAUUUAUAACCUAGGAGAUACAAAAAGAAAAGUAACUUUGGUGUCUUUCAGGUAGCGAGCGUGAACUAGUCAGAAGCUUUAUUUAAGGGGCACACUUGGAGGUGUUGAGGCUUGUUGCUCGGCAUGGAGCGCCGAUGGUCGCCCCUGUCCGCUUCUGCGGCUGGCUGGAAGGAGUCUGCUCUCUUUGGCCUCUGCCUGGGAGCUGCCGUCUCUCGGUGACACGGUGACGCAGAUCUGUGCAGGUACAGGAGUGCCAGUACAUGGAGCAAGGGAUGAUCUGACUGCCCGCAGCCGGCAUGAACGGAUCUCUGCGGUUUGCUCCCUGUAGCCCUGUCAGUGGUCCUCGACUUGUGAGGAUGUGGGUCUACUUGCUGUGUGGUGUAUGGACUUCUGUAGAAAUGGAUUUACAGGGCUUGAGGGGGUUUUGUUUCCUUGCUUUUUCUUUUGUGUGUGUGUGUUUAUUUGGUUUUUUGCUUGGCACAGUUAUGCGUUGGAGCACAUAAACAUUCAGAAAGAACAGUGUGGGUCAGUCCAGCUGAGACUCAUGCCUGGUAAUGAGGAUGUUCGGGAUAGGUCUUGGUGCUCCUUCUGAGUAAGAUUUGUUUGGCUAUCAGAGUGUUUUCUUACUGCUUGCCAGGAGGAAACCUAACCAGACAAGCAUCUCUCUUCCAGCAACUUGCAUAAUCUUUUGUGUGUAAAUUAUAAUAUUUUAGGCCCCCAUGACUUUUCUUGAAAAACUGGAGAAUGGCAUAAGCCAGCCACUGUAGAACUUCACUGUAGGAGUCUGGUGGUCUAGUACCUCAUCGUGCAUUUCUCUUUGAGAUCCUGGUUCUGUGAGCCAAGUGUGUCACUGCAGGUGGCAGGGAUGCUUUCCUGGUAGGUGACCUUGGGGGCAGAGGCAUUGCUAGGUCACCUUGCACAAAGUCACCUCAUUCAAAUGUCCUGAGCUCUAACAGGUGAAAAAAAUCAGUAUUUAUAGGCUGCUCAAAGCAGCACAUGAGACAGUGACUCUAAAGCAGUCUCCUAAUACACCUCCUCACCCUCACAUGGUGGGAAAGGGAUCUCUUCACGUAGUUCCUCUCACCUGUCUUUUGGCCAGAACCUCAGGCACAGGCACAGUGGGUGCAUGAGAUGUCUAAGCCUCAACAGCAUCUUAGAGCCAUUGAUGAACCAGAAAUAGAACGAUCUCAUACUAGAUUAUCCACUUAGAGAGACCCGCAGUUGCGUAGCUGCACUUCCAGCUUGCAGGACUGAUUGUAAAUCCACUAAAAAUAGAUCUUUAUUUAACACUAGUCUUACACGUGCUCCCUGUCAAAAUGCUUUUAAUUUUCCUUUCUGACGCGUGCUAUUGUAUUUUGUAUUCCUCUCGAUGUUUCUGAGAAUCAUAGGCAAAAGUGCUUUUCAGUGUUGCUGCUCCUACAGAGCUAAUACUAUGCACGUUCCAUGAAAUAAGCCUUCAAAGAUUGAUUUGAACACCCAGAGCCAUAGGACUAUUCAACAAGUGCUAUCGGAGCUAGACGUCUAGUAAAUUAAUUGGGGGAGUGAUGUAAACUUCCAUAAUUAGGGGCAUAGGGACCCUUGACUAUCAGUAUUAUAAAUAGUGUGUGUGGGGGGGGGGGGGAAUAAAUCUUUUUUGGGGGUAAGGAAUAGCUAACGUUGUUUAAGUUGUAGCUCCUGAUGCAGGGUUGACGUGACAUGGGCAGUGUCGGGUUGGAGAGGGAUGGAGGGCCAGUGCUGGAGACUGAGCUUUGGUGGCUGAAGCUGCAACAUCUCUCCCCCAGUUCUUCCAUUAAGCAGUCUGUACACUUAGUAUAGCUGUUGAUUGGAAAUUGUUCCCCUGAGCGUAGAUUCUUUUAUCUUUAUGUAAAUGCUCGUUCAUGCUCCGUUUUAGGCUGUGUAUUUUGCUUGCUGUGUCUGUCACCUGAAAGAGAUUUUAUAAGCUGUGAAGAAUUUCCUUAUUUUUCAGAGCAGGCAUGUUCCAUCUUGUGGAUCUUGCACUCAACUCGGGAGUGAUGUGUUUCCCCUUGUCAGCUGUCUGCUCCCUUUGAGUGACAGGGGGUGACAGUUCAUGGGGAAGGCAUGGAAACAUCAUAACCUAUGGAGGUUUUUUGGUUAGUGGAAGAAAAAGUGCGAUGGAGCUGGAAUUAAAAUUGUUUACUCUCUCUGAAUAUGGCUUAUCACUUUCUUUGAUCUUUUCUUUAAAUUCUUUGUGUUUUGUCUCAGGUUACGUACUUCUCAAAUUUCUGUCCCCUACCAGGUUAGCACCACCGAUGCUUGCGAUCUUCAAGCAUCUGAAAAAUACACGUUUGGUGGAUAUGAUUUAAGAAAUUCCUUUUAUCACAAAACAUAGUUGAAGUGCAGAACUACGGUGACGUGGGUUGGGUUUUUUCUUUACUUGCGGAGGCCGGAGAUGGUACGGAGAUGCAAAUGGUGUCCUGCAGAACACUUUUUUUUGCAAAUGUCCCGUUCAUGCGACUUUAGAAGGCAGACAGCAGACUCUGUGCCUUGCCACAGUGCUGCAGUGACUCAGUUCUAGAUGUUGCUGGUAUAAAUGGGACAUUUGGGUUCCUCCACUGGCUUCUCACACAAGUCAAACUGAAAGACAGUUUGCUGUUGCUGACUAUUCUAAUGCAUGGUGACAAAUGAAAUCAGGAUUGUGCAUCAUUGUGGCCAUUAUGUUAGGGGAAUUUAGACCACGGUUACGUUCAAAAAGUUCCCGAGUGAAUACCCCUUGCUGCUUUUCUUGGACGUUUCAGGCCGUGUUGAGUGCCUAUAUCGCAGUCUUUUUGCUGGAUCGGACCCAGAAGUCUGUUGAGUUCAGUGUCUUUUGCAUUCAGAGAGCAGUGCUGUCCGCUUCAAUGGAAAGCGCAGGAGGCAGCGCAUGUUGGGCAGCUGUAGAAUAAUCUGCUCCCAAAGAAACAUCGUGGUUUACAUCUACUGCGGCUUAUUUUUGUUCAUUGUUUCCUGUUUAUGUGGGUAAUCUUCUUAUCCACAGAAAUGUCCGGUCCUCCUCUUGAAUCCAUGAGUUCUUGCUUCUAGACAUUUUGGAGCAGUAAGUUCCACAGGCUUUAAAAAAAAAAUGUAAUAGCCUCUUUAGUUCUUUGCAUAUAAGUGGCAAUUCUAUUCUUCAUAUAAUAUAUGAAAGAGGGAGUUGUUAUUUAUUGUAUUGCCUUUUUAAUACCUGAUUUUACUUGUUUUCUUUCAAAGGCAAGCACUCCAAAUCUUUUUAGUGUCUCUAGCCAUAAUUUUUUUCCACAUCCUUUACUGUUAUUGUUGUCCUUUUCUGAAUUCUGUCCUUCUCUGACAAGAAUUCUGACUCUUACCUGUGGUACCCUUCUUGAGAUGGAGCGAAGAUGAAAUGAAUCCAGUAAUCCAAGGAAGGUGCUGGAAAAUUACUCUGAUGCUCCUAUGACCCCAAAACAGAUUCUGCAGGUCAUAGAGGCUGAAGGACUAAAGGAAAUGAGUGGCACUUCUCCCCUAGCCUGCCUCAAUGCCAUGCUCCAUUCCAAUUCAAGGGGAGGUGAUGGACUCUUUUACAAACUGCCUGGACGCAUCAGCCUUUUCACGCUCAAGAAGGAUGCCUUGCAGUGGUCUCGGAAUCUGCCUGUGCCAGAAGGGGAGGAGCUGGAGGAUACGGCAGAUGCAGAAAGUUGCGAAUCCAAUGAAGCAAGCACUGUGAGUGGUGAUAAUGAUGUGUCUCUUGAUGAAACCUCCUCUAAUGCUUCAUGUUCCACUGAAUCUCAGAGCAAGGGACCUGCUGCUACCAGGGAGAGCUACAGAACCGCCUCCCAGACAUCCAAACAAAAGAAAAAGACUGGUGUAAUGCUGCCACGUGUUGUCUUAACACCACUGAAAGUAAAUGGGGCACACAUGGAGUCUGCCUCUGGCUUCACAGGAAGGCAUGCUGAUGGGGAGAGCAGUAGCACAUCCAGCAGCAGCAGCAGCUCUUUGGCCCUGUGCAAAGCCACCUUGCGUAGUAGAACAGAAAUAAACAGGGAUCCUCCACAGCUUCUGAGAGGCAUCCGAAAGCCCACAGCUGGGCAAAUGAAACGAAACAGGGGUGAGGAUAUUGACUUUGAAACGCCUGGUUCCAUUCUUGUCAAUACAAACCUGCGAGCUCUGAUAAACUCCAGAACCUUUAAUGCGCUCCCAUCGCACUUCCAGCAGCAGCUUCUUUACCUCCUUCCAGAAGUUGAUAGACAGGUUGGGGCUGAUGGGCUGAUGCGUCUCAGUGGCAGUGCUCUGAAUAAUGAAUUCUUCACCCACGCUGCACAGAGCUGGAGAGAACGACUAGCUGAUGGUGAAUUCACUCAUGAGAUGCAAGUUCGAAUUCGGCAGGAGAUGGAAAAGGAAAAGAGAGUGGAGCAAUGGAAAGAGAAGUUCUUUGAGGACUACUAUGGACAAAAGUUGGGCUUGACCCAAGAAGAAUCCCAGGAGCAGAAUUUGGUGCAAGAAGAUGCUGAGAACAGGACAGGACUGUCUGUUAAAGGAGAAGCAAGACUGCCACGCGGUCCUUCUACACGGCAGAGAGAUGGGCACUUCAAAAAACGCUCCCGGGCUGACCUGCGAUGCAGAGCCAGGAGGAGCCUGUACAAAUUGCGUGAACCUGAGCAAAUGGAGGCUUCCAAAGAGACCGCUUCUGUGGGACCAGAUUCCUCUCUUCAUAAAGAGACAAAGCCUGAGAAAGACCUGAAGAAAGAUGAUCUGACGAGCCCUUCGGCUGCAGUACUGAAGCCAGAGAGUUCAGAAUUGCACCUCUCUCCAGAGACUUCCAAAUUACACAGUAAAUCGGAAGAUCUGUCAUUGGCAGCUGCAAACAGAAUUCCCAGUUUGCCCCAGGAGAACUCUGCUCGGGAGUCCAAGGACCAGAAGAGGAAAUGCUUUGAGGAGGCUGCCUCUGCGUCCUUCCCCGAAAAGAAGCCCCGGCUUGAAGAUCGUCAGUCCUUUCGUAACACAAUUGAAAGUGUUCACCCAGAAAAGCCACAGCCUACUAAAGAGGAGCCAAAAGUCCCACCCAUCCGGAUUCAACUUUCACGUAUUAAACCACCCUGGGUGGUUAAAGGUCAGCCCGCUUACCAGAUAUGCCCCAGGAUCAUCCCCAACACGGAGCCCUCCAGCCGGGGCAGGACUGGGGCCAGAACACUCGCAGACAUUAAAGCCCGUGCUUUGCAAGCCCGAGCCCAGCGAGAAGCUGCUACAGCCGCCAUUGGAGGUGGGGGUGGCCCAGGUGGAGGGAGAAGUACUGAUGAAGGAGGUGGUGGAGGAGAAUCCAGCAGCCAUACAGAGCACCGGAGAUCAAAGAGAGCUCAUGGAAAGCGUUCGUCAGAUCUACAACGAACACAAUUACUGUCGUCUCUCCAUGUGAAUGGAGAAAAGGCUAACUCUGAGGUGGCUGCUCAGGAGGCCAACACAAAUUCCUUCCUCUCUUCAAGACAAGACCCCUUUGCUUCAAAGAGUGAGGGAAGUGGUGAUCUGGAACGUGCUGCAGGCACUAGCUCAGGGGAAGCUCAACCUGGUGAUGGUUCACCUAGAAGGCAGUUCUGUGAUGCUUUGACUGGGUCAUCCUUAGACAAUGCAACUUCUGAGAGGCAGGAGGAGAGCCCUGAGCAGCUCCUCUGCGACCCAAGGACCGAAACCCCAUCUUGUGUUGCAUCACAGGAGAGGCAAAGUACAAAGCUGAAAUGCGUGAUUCCUCCAAUGAACGGUCUGUCUUGUUCUCAGGUGCAGGGAGCUGUGAUCAGUCCUACAGGAAAGAGGGUUGUGUCAGAAUUCAAAGAUGUUAGUGAUCCCGCUGUACAGUUGGAUUAUCAUUCUGACACAAAGGAAAAUUCCUCCAGUUGUCCUGCUCUUCUGCCAGAAUUGUCAUCAGGUGGUAAAGAAUGCCAUGAGCCAGAAAUGGUAUCUAGAUUUAGAUUUAAUGGCUCUGAAACAUUUGUGGAAAAAUGUGUUGCUGAUAGUGAUAACUCCAAAAUGGUGACUACUGGAGUGGAGAAAGCAGACCCUGCACUGUAUAACUUUGCACACCUGCAGGCAGAGAAAGAGAGUGAUGGCAAACUAAGUAAUGAAGAACAAAAUACAGAGUCUCUGGUGAAACCCUCUUUAUACGAUGACUUUAUUUCUCAGAAUAGGAUAGAUACCUCUGAAAAACUUCUGCAGCUGAGGGAGAGGUGCCCUAGAACAGAACAAGAAAAUGCGCAUCAGCCACUGAGAGAGACUCAAGAGUUCAAGACAAACGGAGAUGAUGAAGUACAGAGUACGCACAGUGAAACAACAGAUACUGCUUCAGAUUUUGAAGCUGACGUAGCUGAUGAGAAUGUAGAGAUGGAUAUAUGUUUCAGAAGUGUCAGCUGUAGGGAGGUGGCUGGGAAAGACUCCUCCCGUCACAGCAGCACUGAGAGAUGUGAUAGGAUUAGGUCAAAAUCAUCUGUGGAAACAGAUAGUCUGGCCUGUGUUGUGGACUUCCCUGCAGUUGCAGCGAUGAGCGCUGCACCUGCAUCUCAGAGAUGGGAACCACAUGCACCGUUGCCUCAGAAAGCCGAGCGGCUGACAGGUUCUGCUCGGCCCGUAUCCUCUGUUGAAACCAGCAACCCUUUGGUGAUGCAGCUGCUUAAGGGGAACCUUCCAUUGGAAGAAGUUCUCCCAGUAUCUCAUGGCAACAUCAAGCUGGAAAUCACACAGCCGCUGCUGGACAAGCAGUCAGAAAGCCUCUCCCUGCAAAUGGAGAGGGGUAGCAGUUGCUAUUUUGGCAAAGAAUCUUCUCCAGAUGUAGGAAUAAAGACGAGUGCCCCAAGCAGGAGCGAUGACUUCCACUCACUGAGAUCUUCCAUGGAUCCCCCGGAAAAGAAGUGCGGAUCAGGGGCAGCGUUACCUAGAGCAGAGGAUGCGGAGGAUCAAUCUACUUCAGAAAAACAUUCCAAAGUUGGCUCGACUUUAAGCUGCCAAGACCAACUGGCAAAUGUGGCAAGUGCCUCUCAGAAGCCUGAAGAUAUGGGCCCCCGGGAAAGAACAUUUUCUUCCUGUAGCUUUGAGGAGCAGAAGGAGUUGUCCAAGGUCCAUCGGGUGCCACAGCACAGCCCACUGACAAGUGUUGUCACAAAUAGAAGUCCAGAGAAGUUGAACGCCUCUACGGAGCCUCAGUUUUUAUCUCCAACUGUAACUUCUCUUGGUCCAAAUCAGACAGGAGGUACAUCAGUCAAUAAAAAUUAUGUUGGAGUUCAAGGCAAAAAACUCUUUGGUUCUGGUUUUCCUUGCAACCCCAGCGUUAGACUACAUCACUCCAGGGCUUUGGAUCAAAUUUCAGCCAUGGGAACCUUGUCCCCCAGCAAACAGAUUCCUCUGAGCAAGAGCUGUGCAUCAGGAGAAGGAAUGCCAGUUGCAAGGGACGAAUGGACUUCAAAGCAGCACACUGACACCCUGGGAGGAAUAAAAAAUGAGAAUGUGCUGGCAUGUGGCAGCCCAGCCAAGAGUAACAUGGAGAACCAGAAGGACGCAGCACAAAACCCCGUGGAGCUGACUGAGCAUUUGCAAAGUGUUCCGCUUGUUAUGGACUUGCCAUUUUUUAAGUUUUCAAGGGAACCAGGAAAAGGACACAAUCACCCUUUGGAGCCUUCUUCCAUACCCUCUCAGCUCAAUAUCAAGCAAGCAUUUUAUGGGAAGCUUUCUAAGCUGCAGCUUAAUUCCACCAGCUUUAAUUAUUCAUCCAGCACUCCAGCUUUUCCCAGAAGCCUUGCUGGAAGCAUGAUGCAGCUAACCCACAAAGCGAACUUUGCUGCAAACCAUAAUACGUCCCUUUCUGUGCAGAUGUUUGCUGAUAGCAGCAGUGUUGAUGAGAUAUCGUUCAAGUGCUCGUGCAGCCUUAAAGCCAUGAUCAUGUGUAAAGGCUGCGGGGCGUUUUGUCAUGAUGACUGUAUAGGACCCUCUAAGCUUUGUGUAUUGUGCCUUGUGGUGAGAUAAUAAAUUAUGGCCAUGGGACAAAUUGUAUAUUCAGUGUGUGUAUUUUGAUAAUGACUGAUCCUAAAACCUGUACACAAAAUACUAUUCUGUUUAUAGUAGAAAUGCUAUUACACUUUGUUUUGGUGAGGAAAGUUGACUUGCCUUCCCACUAAAAUCUACAGUGCAAAACCCUUUCUUGCUCACGGUUACACUCCAGUCUCGGUGGGCUGCGCCCCACUGGAGCGAUCCUUCUGCUUCGUGCUAUCGUGGAAAUACUGAUUGCGCUCUGGUACACGUGCUGAGGCUAACACCUGAGUGACAGGCAGUUUGCUGUGGCAAUCCGUGGACCCUCCGUCAAGGAAAUCUUUACAUCCAAAGGAACUGGAACAGGGUGUUUUCUAUUUCGGGGCUGCGCUAGGUGAGGCCCUACAGUCUUCCACUCUCCCCUUCUGCCAUCUCCAUUCUUGGUUUGUGUGGGAAGGACCGCUGUACAGUAAGUGUAAGCAAAGAGCUGCUCUGCAGUGACGGUUCUGUACGGUCUUUGGAUGCUACAGCAGAACGUGGUGCCCAGUAAAGCACUCUGCAGGUGGCUGUAGAGCCGUAUACAGCUAACCGUAUACUGGACGGAGCCAACUCGGAGGAUGCAAGAAGAAGAGGAAAAAAAAAAAAAAAAGUGGCAGGUGCCAACCGAAUGCCUUCUGCUGGUCUGCAAGAAGAUGUGUGGCGCAGGGAACUGUGUGCCUGGCUGAACUCUUGGACCAGCCGAUGUGACUGCCUCUUUUGGCUGACUUGCCACAAACUAGUGUGAAAUGUCGGAGGUUCCUAGAAGCUCGUUUACGUGGCCAGCGAUCUCUGCAUUGCAGCCCUGCAAUGAGGACCUUAACGUGACAACAUCUGACCACUUGCAAGCGUCUAGCUGUGCAUCUGUGUGACGAUCAUCUAACAUUUAAAGCAGUGUUUUUUCCUUUUUUUAUAUUUUCAUUCUUGGAUGUAUAAAGUGAAUUAUUUGGCUCCUGUAAGUAUCCUCUAUGCAUCUGUUUGAUCAUGUAUUUAUAUGUUGUACACAGUACUGGCCAACUCUGUAAAUGGAUGUAAUGUACAUAGAACAUAAAGGGUUCUUUUUUUUUUUCCUUGGAUUUUCAGGCUCUACAGCAGUAUUGCAUUAAAGUGGUGUUAGUUAUUAAUCUGCAUCUGUAGUCAGAGCCACUGUAUUCUGUCUUGCCUAAUGUGAGGCUCAACACGCAACGGUGUCUCUCGGUUCUGACAGCCUCCCUCUCUGCCCGGGCAUCCGUGCUGCGUUGUGCAGGUAGACUGUGAUGUGCGGACUCAAGGAUGACCUGAUGGGAUUUGCCAAGUCGAGUGUACUUCACUGGUCGCUCCUCUAAGCUAUUGCCAGUUGUUGCUGUAACUGAUCUCCUAGAGCAUGGCUGUAGCUGCGUUGCAAGAAGGUGAACAUCCUUGAGAGCAAAACCGUGACUCUCUUCCUCAUUGGAGCAAUUACUUACCAAGAAAUAAUUGCUUCAGUGAGGGGAAAAGUCAGCAGUUAAGCAGCAGUAGCAAGAAUUGUAGGGGUUUGUUUUUUUUUUUUUUCUUUUGUCCCUUUUCUAGCUCUAUCCUACCUCCCUUGACCAUGCACUUUUUUUUUUUUUUUCAACUGUACAAGUCCCUGUUUGAGAUGCAAGCCUGAGGGAUGCAACAAGUUUAGUCUCUGCAAUGGUUUAUCCUUAAUGCACCCGACAGCCUCAUGUUGUGGGAAUGAGAGAGACCCGCGCACACACCCCGGGAUGAACAGAACUGCGGUGUUAGUGACGGCAGAGCGGAGGUGUGAAACCUGCUUACCAAAGAUAGGGAGCGGAGCUGGGGGGUCUGGCUCUGCCUCCUUUGGGGCCACUGUAGUGUACAGAUGGAACUGGUCUGGUUUGCAGAGCCCUCCGGGGGGGCCUGCUCAUGUAUGUCCCUUGUGGUAUUGGAAAAAUAAACACUCUGUAAAACCUGCA